AUGGCUCCGUCAAGAAAUCGCACAGUACGCACACAAGAUGACGAAGAUGAGGAUGCUCGCUCGCGUUGGGACGCGUUAUUUGUAGCCGAGGAUGUUAGGUCUCGAGCUCUGAAUAGGAUCGAGAUUGCAGCAGACCGAGACGACGAUUCUGACGCUGAGUUUUCGACCGCUUCUCCCGUGUAUGACCGCUGUCUACGCGUACAAGGUCCCGAUCGUGUGCUUAGAAUGUGCAACUUCGCACCCAUUGAGUUUGAACGGCUAUGGGAGCUUUUGGAAGAUCAUGUCUUAUCUAAAUGGGGCGUGGGAAGAGGCAAGAAGUGCAAGACAUCCCCAAAGGACGUGCUUUUCAUGAUGCUAGCUGCGCUGAAGCAUUGUGGAAACUGGGAAACAGUGUCAUCAAUGUUUGACAUGGAUGCCUCGGCAUUUCAAAAGAUGAUAAAGAAGUACAUCGACAUGUACGAACCCUUCUUGUACACGCACCUAGUCAAAGGGCAUGAGGCGCAACUGACGUCACGUUCCAACUCGCCGUUCGCCCCACUGGAAACUUUCACGAGACUAUACGGUCAUAAAGUAGAGGUUUCAGUGCUCCCUACAGGCGUGGCAAUUAAUUGCACUGCGUUCGAGCCUGGCGCGGUAUCUGACAUUACCAUGUUCAACGGGAACGCUGAAUUCCACAGGUCAGCGUUGCGAAAGCAACAAGAUGAAGGAACUCUCUACGAUGACGGCCCUGGUGUCGACAAGUUCGAAGAAUUUUAG